UCUUCUAAAACCCCCCCACCCUCUCUCCAAAAACACUUCACAUCUCUCUCUCUCUCUCUCUCUCUCUCUCUCUCUCUCUCUCUCUAGGGUUAUGGGGUUCGUCUCCUUCGCCGGGAGGGUCCUCUUCGCCUCCGUGUUCCUCCUCUCCGCGUACCAAGAGUUUAUUGAAUUUGGAGUUGAUGGUGGACCGGCAGCAAAAGCUCUGAGACCAAAAUUCAACCUUUUUGUUAAUCAUGUUUCAUCGCAUCUGGGGGUAGCAGUUCCACAUAUUGAAAUGCAACAUGUAAUUGCUGCUACCAUAGCUCUGAAAGGACUGGGAGGUCUUCUAUUCAUCUUCAGCAGCUCUUUUGGAGCUUACCUGCUGCUGCUAUAUUUGGCAUUAAUAACUCCUGUGGUGUACGACUUCUAUAACUAUGACAUUGAGAAGCCGGAAUUUGUGCAACUCUUUAUCAAGUUCACCCAGAAUUUGGCACUCUUCGGCGCGCUACUUUUCUUCCUGGGAAUGAAGAACUCUAUCCCAAAACGGCAGCCUAAGAAGAAGGCUCCCAAAUCGAAGACAAAUUAAGAUUUAGACCAUAGUGGUCGGCACCUAUAAUGUUGGUUCAGUGAAUCCCUCUAUACUGGAUGAAUAUUUAAAUUUUAAUGGGCUGUUCGGGUCGUAGAUUGUUCUAGGCAAAUUCACAAUGGGUUUAGUCCUUGGUGUGAUCUGAAUGGGGGAUUAGGAGCUGUCGGCUUGUGUGUAUCAUUAUAUACUUGUUCUUUGAUUCAGAAACCAUACUAUUGUUCCUAUGGGUUAAAACUCCCUUCUUUAGUUUGUUUUCACAACAUAACGUUAUUGGCUGUAUUAAAACUUGGUUUCAUUUUUGGUGACCAGCUCCCAACAUUUUGUUUCAUAUGCAAAAGUGUCCGCAAGUACUUUCAGUCCUGCAAAUGACUCUGUAAUCAGCCAUCUUUCAAAAGUUACGCAUUAUUGAGUA